CUGCUUUUUUCCCUGGUCCCCUUUGUCGUCGCCUUUUUUCUUGACCAGUCCUGCCUCUUGUAUACCAUCGCUUUGUUGCCUACUCGUCGUAUCUACCUUUACUCGCUUCUAUCGCUGCGAGAAAGGCAGGUGCACAGGGGCCUGUUCCUCGAAAUCAAAAAAGAGGCGAGGGAAGUGGUCAGAUCGGAUUCCGUUUGCUAGCCACGCCUGCCGCCGACGCGCAGCUGCAUUGGCUGAGCAACCACUGCUCCUCCCUUCCACUCGUUUCACAACAAUCAUCACCUACGACCACUUCUUCGUUUUCUUCACCACCGACCUCGACGCCUGAGCUGUCUCGUCACCUGCUCCUGUCUCGUACGAAUUCCUUCAUACAGACAGGCACAAUUUCCUACGACGACUGUACACGGCUCUCAACAUCAGCCUGCGUCUCUUACUCCUUACGCACGUUUGCUGCUAUUCUUGACCAUCACAUAAUAAUUCAACCACACUUGAAAAGUCACAAUCGCUCAGCAUAUCUUGCAUUUUCAAACAGGAAAUUGGUUGAUGGGACUGUUUUAAGGCACCUCCUACAACAUGUCUGGUCAUCCUCAUCAGGGCGGCUAUGACGAUGGCUACGGCCAGCCUCAUGGCAACGACGCCUACUAUCAAGACGAUCACGGGUACAAUGAUCAAUAUGACUACGGUCAUCAGCAGCAACAUGGGGGCGAAGGAUACUACGAUGAAUCUGGCUACUACAAUGCCGAUGCCUCGAACCCCUAUCAUAAUGAUGGCGGCUACUACGAAGGCCACCAAGGAUAUCAAGAUGACUACUACGAUGGUCAAUACUAUGACCAGGGCGCUGCAGGCCAGCCCCAGUACCAAGGUCAACGCCCAAGACGCCGUGGCCAUGAUUCUGAGGAAGACUCCGAAACAUUCAGCGACUUCACCAUGAGGUCGGACAUGGCUCGUGCUGCCGAAAUGGACUACUACGGUCGAGGAGACGAGAGAUACCACAGUGGCUACGAUAACCAAGGUGGCCGUGGCUACAGACCACCGUCUUCACAAGUCUCUUACGGUGGAAAUCGAUCUUCUGGAGCUUCCACCCCAAUAUAUGGCAUGGACUACAACAACGCCCUGCCAGCUGGUCAAAGAUCUCGAGAGCCGUACCCUGCUUGGACCUCGGAUGCUCAGAUCCCUCUUUCCAAAGAGGAAGUUGAGGACAUCUUCUUGGACUUGACUGCGAAAUUCGGUUUCCAACGGGACAGCAUGCGCAACAUGUAUGAUCAUAUGAUGACCCUCUUGGAUUCCAGAGCUUCGCGUAUGACACCCAAUCAAGCCCUGUUGUCGCUGCACGCAGACUACAUUGGAGGCGACAAUGCCAAUUACCGCAGAUGGUAUUUUGCUGCUCAUCUUGAUCUGGAUGAUGCAGUCGGUUUUGCCAACAUGAAACUCGGCAAAGCCAACCGCCGGACACGUAAAGCACGCAAAGCGGCGGCGAAGAAGGCCAAGGAGAACCCAACCAAUGAAGAGCAGACCUUGGAAGCUUUGGAGGGUGACAAUUCCCUCGAGGCUGCUGAAUACCGCUGGAAGACGCGGAUGAACAAGAUGUCGCAACAUGACCGUGCACGCCAGAUCGCUCUUUACCUGCUCUGCUGGGGUGAAGCCAACCAGGUCCGUUUCAUGCCGGAGACUUUGUGCUUCAUCUUCAAGUGUGCGGACGACUACCUUCAUUCGCCUGCCUGCCAAAACCGUGUUGAGCCAGUGGAAGAAUUCACUUAUCUCAACAAUGUUAUCACGCCCUUGUACACCUACAUCAGAGAUCAGUGCUACGAAAUCAUCGAUGGCAAGUACGUCCGGCGAGAGCGGGACCAUAACAAGGUCAUUGGCUACGAUGAUAUCAAUCAGCUCUUUUGGUACCCGGAAGGUAUCGAGAGAAUUGUCAUGAAUGACAAGUCCCGUAUCGUCGAUCUGCCUCCAGCUGAACGCUACCUGAAGUUUCAGGAGGUCAACUGGAAGAAGGUGUUCUUCAAGACAUACAAGGAGACGAGAUCUUGGUUCCACCUGGUCGUCAACUUUAACCGUAUCUGGGUCAUCCAUCUUACCACCUUCUGGUUCUACACUGCUUUCAACUCCCCCUCGCUGUACACAAAGAACUACCAGCAACAGCUGAACAACCAACCUCAUGCGGCUGCGCAGUGGUCCGCUGUCGGCUUGGGUGGAACGGUUGCAUCACUCAUCCAGAUCAUGGCAACACUCAUCGAAUGGUCAUACGUGCCACGGAGAUGGGCUGGUGCUCAGCAUCUCACGAAGCGGCUGCUUUUCUUGAUUGGUGUCUUCACUCUCAACAUCGCUCCCAGUGUCUACAUCUUCGGCUUUUCGCAAACCUCAAAGAUCUCGUUGAUCCUGGGUGUGGUCCAAUUUCUUGUGGCGUUGGCAACAUUCUUCUUCUUCUCGAUCAUGCCCCUCGGUGGUUUGUUUGGCAGCUAUCUGACACGCAACUCCCGCCAGUACGUUGCAAGUCAAACCUUCACUGCUUCAUACCCCCGCCUUAAGGGUAAUGACAUGUGGAUGUCCUACGGGCUCUGGAUCAUGGUUUUUGCCGCCAAGUUGGCCGAAUCGUACUUCUUCUUGACACUGUCUUUCCGAGACCCGAUCAAGAUUUUGUCCUACACCAAGAUCCACCGUUGCCAAGGUGAUGCGAUCCUGAAGACGUACCUCUGCAAGUAUCAGCCACAGAUCUUGCUCGGCAUCAUGUUCUUCACUGACCUGAUCCUCUUCUUCUUGGAUACAUACCUGUGGUACAUUAUCUGGAAUUGCGUCUUCUCCGUUGCGCGCUCUUUCUAUCUCGGUGUGUCCAUCUGGACGCCUUGGAGAAACAUCUUCUCGCGACUACCUAAGCGUAUUUACUCAAAGAUCCUCGCAACUACCGACAUGGAGAUCAAGUACAAGCCGAAGGUUCUAAUUUCACAAGUGUGGAACGCCAUUGUCAUCUCGAUGUACAGAGAGCACCUGUUGGCCAUCGACCAUGUGCAGAAGCUGCUGUACCACCAGGUUCCUUCUGAGCAAGAAGGCAAGCGCACUCUACGAGCACCGACCUUCUUUGUCUCGCAGGAAGAUCACUCCUUCAAGACUGAGUUCUUCCCAUCGCAGAGCGAAGCCGAGCGUCGCAUCUCCUUCUUCGCCCAGUCGCUGUCUACUCCUAUUCCAGAGCCUCUCCCGGUCGACAAUAUGCCAACUUUCACUGUGCUCAUUCCCCACUACAGCGAGAAGAUCCUUCUGUCUCUUCGUGAGAUCAUUCGCGAAGACGAGCCAUACUCUCGUGUCACCCUUCUGGAAUACCUCAAGCAGCUUCACCCACACGAAUGGGACUGCUUCGUCAAGGACACCAAGAUUCUUGCUGAUGAGACAUCGCAGUUCAACGGCGACUAUGAGAAAUCCGAGAAAGACACCGCCAAGAGCAAGAUCGAUGAUUUGCCUUUCUAUUGCAUCGGUUUCAAGUCUGCUGCUCCUGAAUAUACUCUCAGAACUCGUAUCUGGGCCUCUCUUCGCUCGCAAACCCUUUACCGAACAGUCUCCGGUUUCAUGAACUACAGCCGUGCCAUCAAGCUGCUGUAUCGUGUCGAAAACCCGGAGGUCGUUCAAAUGUUUGGUGGUAAUUCUGACAAGCUUGAGCGCGAACUCGAACGUAUGGCGAGAAGGAAGUUCAAGAUUGUGGUAUCUAUGCAGCGAUAUGCCAAGUUCAAGAAGGAAGAGCGCGAAAACACCGAAUUCUUGCUCCGUGCGUACCCCGAUUUGCAAAUCGCCUACCUGGACGAGGAGCCACCGCAAAACGAAGGCGAGGAACCUCGCUUGUACUCUGCUCUCAUCGAUGGCCACUCCGAACUUCUCGACAACGGCAUGCGUCGACCUAAGUUCAGGGUCCAGCUCUCUGGCAACCCUAUCCUGGGAGAUGGCAAGUCUGACAAUCAGAACCAUGCAAUCAUCUUUUACCGCGGUGAAUACAUUCAGCUUAUCGAUGCCAACCAGGACAACUAUCUCGAAGAAUGCUUGAAGAUUCGAAGCGUCUUGGCCGAAUUCGAGGAGAUGACUACAGAUAACGUCUCACCGUACACUCCUGGAAUUCCUCCCACGAAGUCCAAUCCUGUCGCUAUUCUUGGCGCUCGCGAGUACAUCUUCUCCGAGAACAUUGGUGUCUUGGGUGAUGUCGCCGCUGGAAAGGAACAGACCUUCGGUACUCUCUUCGCUCGUACUCUUGCUCAAAUCGGUGGCAAGCUGCACUAUGGUCACCCGGAUUUCCUGAACGGUAUCUUCAUGACAACUCGUGGUGGUGUCUCCAAGGCCCAGAAGGGUCUCCAUCUCAACGAGGAUAUCUACGCUGGUAUGAAUGCUCUCAUUCGAGGAGGCCGCAUCAAGCACUGCGAGUAUUACCAAUGUGGCAAAGGUCGUGAUCUUGGUUUCGGCUCUAUUCUGAACUUCACGACCAAGAUCGGAACCGGUAUGGGUGAACAGAUGUUGUCCCGAGAGUACUACUACCUCGGUACUCAGCUGCCUCUGGAUCGCUUCCUCUCCUUCUACUACGCACAUCCCGGUUUCCACAUCAACAACAUGUUCAUCAUGUUGUCGGUGCAGCUCUUCAUGAUUGUCCUCAUCAACCUUGGCGCCUUGAGGCACGAGACAAUUGUCUGCCACUUCAACCGUAACACCCCACCCACGGAUCCUCUCAAACCGACCGGAUGCGCAAACCUGAUUCCCAUUCAGGGAUGGGUGGAGCGUUGCGUUGUCUCGAUCUUCAUCGUCUUCUUCAUCUCUUUUGUACCCUUGGUUGUACAAGAGUUGACCGAACGUGGAUUCUGGCGCGCCGCUACUCGUUUGGCCAAGCACUUCGCCUCUGCUUCACCAGUGUUCGAAGUGUUCGUGUGUCAAAUCUAUGCGAGCUCUAUUCAGCAAGACUUGUCAUUCGGAGGCGCUCGCUAUAUUGGUACUGGACGUGGCUUUGCCACCGCCCGUAUUCCGUUCGGCGUCCUAUACUCGCGAUUUGCUGGUCCAUCGAUUUAUCUUGGUGCGCGCUCGCUCAUGAUGUUGCUGUUUGGAACAAUUACCGUCUGGGGUGCCUGGCUCUUAUGGUUCUGGAUCUCCCUGCUCGGUCUGGUCAUCUCGCCAUUCAUCUUCAAUCCUCAUCAGUUCGCAUGGACGGACUUCUUCAUCGACUACAGAGACUAUCUCAGAUGGCUGUCUCGCGGCAACUCCCGCUCACACGCCUCUUCCUGGAUUGCGUUCUGCAGACUGUCUCGUACCCGUCUCACUGGAUUCAAGCGCAAGGUUCUGGGCUCUCCAUCCGAGAAACUGUCCGGCGACGUUCCCCGUGCGCAUUUUACCAGCAUCUUCUUCAGCGAGGUCAUUGGACCGUUGGUUCUUGUCGCCUUGACCUUGAUCCCAUACCUGUUUAUUAAUGCACAAACUGGUGUGGAGAAACCGGAGGCAGCGACCAACUCACUCGUCCGUGUGGCAAUUGUGGCCUUUGCUCCCAUUGCUAUCAAUGCUGGUGUCUUGGCUGGUCUCUUUGGCAUGGCGUGCUGUAUGGGUCCUGUGCUGAGCAUGUGCUGCAAGAAGUUCGGCUCCGUCCUUGCUGCUAUCGCUCAUGCCGUUGCCGUCAUCUCCCUUUUUGCAUUCUGGGAGGUCAUGUUCUUCCUUGAAGGAUGGAUUUUCGCCAAGGCAUUGCUGGGCAUGAUCGCGGUCGUGGCACUGCAGCGAUUCGUGUUCAAGCUCAUCAUUGCUCUCUGCUUGACUCGAGAAUUCAAGCAAGAUUCCUCGAACAUUGCCUGGUGGACGGGUAAAUGGUAUUCAAUGGGCUGGCACUCGAUGUCGCAACCAGCGCGUGAAUAUCUUUGCAAGAUCACUGAGCUCGGAUUCUUCGCUGCUGACUUCAUCUUGGGCCAUUGCCUCAUGUUCAUCAUGUUGCCGGCGCUUUGCGUUCCCUACAUUGACAAGUUCCACUCGGUCAUGCUGUUCUGGCUGCGACCUAGCCGUCAAAUCAGACCGCCUAUCUACUCGAUCAAGCAGUCUCGCCUUCGAAAGCGACGUGUCAUUCGUUACGCUAUCCUGUACUUUGCCUUGCUCAUACUCUUCCUCGUACUGAUCAUCGGCCCCGUCUUUGUUCGCAAAUAUGUCACCAAUCUUCCGAGCAUCCCGCUCGACCUGCUCCAACCUACCGGACAAGACAACAACGAUACCACCAGCCAGAUUACAGGAUCGGCUCUCCACAACUUCGGCCAGGGUGCUGCUGCGACUGGUGGUGACAGUGGACAAGCUGCUACAACCGCUGCUGCGGCUGCGAGCUCGAGUGGCAGUAAUCCUUUCACGUUUGGUGGUGGUGGACGAUUUAUCAGAUGGUAAAUCUGAUUGCAUGAGCAACUGUUCGGCGGAUUGCAAAAAGAAGCUUGCUUCGGGCCAUAGAAAUGGUCCGGUGGUCUGAGCCUUUUCUAUCGCUCCUUGUUCCAACAAACUAAUGAAUGAAAUGGCAUAGACAAGCAGCCGUUCAAAGCAAAAAGGAGCUUUUGGCUGGCUUGCUGACUCGCGGCAAAUACUGGGGAAUGGAGUUGUGGCAAUUGAGGUAUAUCUUGUUCAUUAGACAUACUCGUACUGUACAUGAGAUUCAAUGGAUAUUUGCAUACGCUGAAAUGAGACCAUAGUAUGGAGUAUUCGUUCAUCUCAAUCUGUGUUUCGCGG